ACCUGACUGGACCUCCUCCUCCUCCUCCUCCUCAGUAUCAGCAGCAUCCGGACCUCCUUCAGCACCUCUAUCACCUCCUCUUCCUCAUGGAUGUAAAGGCUGCAAGUUCCGAGAAGUCUCAGCUGAUCCACGACAAGAACCACAGGACGUACUGUGAGCGCGUGCACAGCUCCUUUCCAGACCCCACUCAGCAGUUCCCAGACUUCCCCUUUAAGAAUGGCAGCAUGUCGGGCGCCAUGGAGCUCCAACGCCCCGUGGGCGUCCACUGCCACCGCGCCAAGGCCUCGGCGCGUGAGGACGGAGUGGACAAGCUGCUGGCCAAGAAGAAACUUUACAUCGCCUCAGCCGUCUGCCUAGUCUUCAUGAUAGGAGAGGUCAUAGGAGGCUACCUGGCACACAGCCUGGCCAUCAUGACGGACGCAGCUCACCUGCUGACCGACUUUGGCAGCAUGAUGGUCAGCAUCUUCUCCCUCUGGAUCUCCUCCCGGCCGCCCACCAAGACCAUGAACUAUGGCUGGCACAGAUCAGAGAUCCUGGGGGCCUUCCUGUCCGUCAUGUCCAUCUGGAUGGUGACGGGGGUUCUGGUCUACUUGGCCAUCGAGAGGAUUGUGCGUGACGACUACGAGAUUGAGGGUCACGUGAUGCUGGUCACCUCGGCCUUUGCCGUCAUCGUGAACAUCGUCAUGGCGUACAUCCUCCACCACUCCACCACCUUCCACGCUCACGGCCGCGGCUACCGUCACAUCGACGAGGACGCCGCUCAGAGUCCCGCAUCUCACGGCCACGCCCAUCUGCUCUUUGGCGCCCACGGCAACACCAGCGUCCGCGCCGCGUUCAUCCACGUGGUCGGCGACCUGCUGCAGAGCGUCGGCGUCACGGUGGCGGCCACCAUCAUCUACUUCCGGCCCGAGUACAAAGUGGCGGACCCCAUCUGCACCUUCCUGUUCUCCAUCUUCGUCCUGUGCACCACCGUCACCAUCCUCAGGGACGUCUUCCGCAUCCUCAUGGAAGGUUCCCCUAAAGGAAUCGAGUUCAACUCCGUCAAGGAGGUUCUGAUGUCCGUGAAGGCCGUCAGGUCCGCGCACUCGCUGCACCUCUGGGCUCUCACGUUGGGCCAGGCGCUGGUCUCCGUCCACCUCGCUGUCGACGAGGACGCCGACACGCAGUCGGUCCUGCAGGAGGCCGCCGAGCUUCUCCACGCCAAGUUUGGCUUCCACAGCGUCACCAUCCAGGUGGAGCGCUACUCGGACGACAUGAGGCACUGCCACCUCUGCCAGGACCCCUGCGACUGACACGCCCCCUACAUUCCCACGCCCCCACCCCCGGAAGAGCGCAGGAGGCGCCCGGCCCGGAGUUUCCACCAACAUUCCCCCCCAAAACCAAAAAUAGAAGCAUUCACGUCACGUGGGAGGCUCCAGUCCACCUUAAGUGCUGCACCUGGCCUGAUCUCAUCGUACCACCUUAAAAGAAACACAUGAAGCCACGCCCCCUUCAUGAUCAAGUCAUGGAUGCGGAACAUGUUGUGGCGCUUGUGUGAUGAAGCGGGUCCACUUCGAGGCUCGCUGUCCCGAUACUCUUAAUGAUCUGAUCAAUACGACUGAUUGGAAGGUGAACUCACUGCCUAACACGUCCUCGGAACGACAGACAAGCUCACUGCCGUCUUUAAAGCUCGUCAUCCAUUGAAAAGGGCUGCGUCUCCUUAAGAAAAACACAUUUGUUGAUCACCAAAGGCACAGCUCGGCCAUUUCACGUUGAAUACACACACCGGCCACUUCAUUAGGAACACCAUCUCACGAGAUCCGACACAUGACGCUACUAAAACAAGUGUCCAGUGUGUGUGUAGAAAAAAAUAACUACGGUUCGGAUGCCACGUGAUACCGUUUGUCCACAAGUGCAAUUGAAGCUUGCAGUCAGUGUUUGUUGUGUUGUGUUGUGUGACAGCAUGUUGUUGGUUGUGUCUUUUUGUGUUGGAUGCCAUCAAGUGGAUCACAUGACCAUCACAGCUGAUUGCGUAACAUGAUGCAAUCAUCAUUAUCAUCAUCCUCCCGCUACAGUAGGGGUGUCCAAAAAUAUAACAGUAAAAAAAAUACUUACCUAUAUAUAAAUUGUACUUUCAUUUUCCGAAUUUAAUUUUUCAAAUUUAGAUUUUUGUUGUAUUUGUAUCAGCCCUCGGCAUAUUCUGAAAAUAAGCGAUUAUUUAUUCGAUAUACUGUUAUUCACAGAGCACUUUUCAAUAACUCAGAUGCUUUACAAGUUAAAAGCAAACAAGCAUGAGUGCACAAAAAUAGAAAAAUAGUCAAAAAAUGUAUCGUAUUUUUUUAUUUGUCAAAUAGAUUUGAUUUAUUUUGGUGUAUUUGUCUUGGCCCUUAUCAUAGUCUGAAAAUGAUUAUUAAUAAGAUACAAUAAUCAGUGUUGUUUAUACAGCACUAAAGAUGCUUUACAAGGUAAAAGCAAACAAGUGUACAAAAAAUAACACUAAAUAUAUAUAUUACACAUUUUUUGAAACAUUUUAUUUUUAAAUUUGAUUUUUGAUUAGUUUUUUUUUUUUUAUAUAUUAUGAGACAUUACUGUGAGUACGUUUACAUGCAGUCAAAUAACCCUAUCAUAACCGGAAUAUUAGCAAUAACCCGGUUGCGCACGCCCAUGUAAACACCAACAACCCUUUUAAAAAACUGGAAUGUGCUCAUAAUCCGGUUUUUAAAAACACGAAUAUUACCCCUGGGUUACUCCUUUUCGAACCCGAAAAUCGGGUCAUGUAUGCGCCUAUCGGGAUAUCCCGAUCAAAAGGAACAUUCAUUUGUGUUCUGCGCAUGUUCUAUUCGAAAGGAAUCUUGUGUCUUUGGCAGGAAUUACUUGUGAACAUCCCGACAUGCAAAACCCCACACUUGUGGAGCCGGGAGGAAACAAGGAACAUUAUGUCUUUUAUUGACGGUACAAAGUACGGCAAUAGCGAAAUCUAUUCGAAGGUGAGCAAGAAGAUACACUUCAAAAGUGUCCGGGGGGGUUAUAUAGCAUGGAUAUGGAUGGCACAGCUGCGACUCCAUUUCCUAUUUCUUCACGUUCUCGCCUUCCAUUAAUGUAGAAAGUGAGACAGAAUAGUGUCAAGUACUGGUGGUGGGUCACUACCAGCACCAAAAGGCAAAGAAAGGCGUUCAUUUUCCGCCGUGCCGGUGUUGUUUUAUCCAGGAAAAAGAAGCGGAAACGUCGUGACGUUUACCGUGCGUCCAAACAUUGUCCGUCCGGUUUUGUUGUUUUUUUUUUUUCUCCCUCACGCAUGUAAAAGGGUUUUUCCGAAUGUUUCAGAAACCGGAGUAUUGACUGGAUGUAAACGUAGUGCCUGAUUUGCUUUGUCACCUAUAAGACACAGCUAAGAUGUUUUGUUCAGAUAGCUUAGCAUAUAUUGACCUACACUGAAUAGCAUCUCUAAUGUACUCAAACGUAUCAAAAUGAAUCACGCUGAAAGAAGUUUGGUCACUUGUGUCGCAGGUUCGUGCAAAAGUCCAAAUUUGGCAUUUCAAUUAAUUUGAAGCAUUGGAAUUUGAAUUGAAUACCCAGGAUGUGGGAUUGGAAUGACAGGAAGUGGAAUUCAAUUCAUUUCAAAUUCCUUACAGGCAGGUACCAGCAAGAAUUUGUCAAAUUUGACAAACGUUUUGACUUAACUACAAAAAAAAUACUUGACAUGCGCUAAAAUUAAAAACAAAUUCCCUUCAUUUGGAGUAAUGCGUCACAUUCCUAUCAUGUGAAAAUGAACAAAUGGCGCAAAACUGCGGUAAAUAAUAAACUUUUCAUAAAGCGCCCUGGGAAAGGAAGUAUUUCUCCAUCAUUUGAACGUUCGAAUACAUGAAAUCAAAUGAUGCGUUUUACAGAAGAUGCUUUUAUUCUGAAUUGUCCGUGAAAAACUGCUGUGGUUCAAAUAUUUACAAAUCUGCACGUGCGGUUCAGAGUAAACUCAAAUCCGUGUAGAAUUCCUUCACUUGUUUUUCCAUUUGAAAGCAACACUAAAAAAAUGGAAAACAGUCUUUUUCAUAAUUUCUUUUUAAAGUAAAGCUUACUUUAUACUGUGUUAGUGAAUUGAAUAUUUUCCCUCUUGCUUUGACAUAUUGAAGGCAUGUUGAUCGCGGAGGGAAAAUAUUCCAUUCCUAACAAUCACGGUCGGACUGGGACCAAAAAAAGGCCCUGGACUUUUUCCCCAAAUAGGCCCACCCACCAACCGAGGCGCGCCGUUUUUUGGGGGGAUGGGGGGUGGAGGUUUCUAUAUGAUUUUGAAAUAAUUGAAAACCCACACAUACUAUUUUUUUCAGUCUUCCUACAUUUUGAAGCUUUAUUCUCCAAUAACUUUGUUUUUUUCUCUUUUAAUUUCUGCCAUCCACCUUUUUUGUUGCAUUUUCUGCUCACCAUUUCCAAAACACUCGUGUCUUCUUUGUUGGCUUUUUGACAGAAUGUAGGCCUGUGUUUGAUUGACAAAUGAUCGUUACAGCGCCAUCUGCUGGUAGGCCUAGGUGUUACACUGUUGGACAGGGCGGGUCGACCGGAAAAAAAAAAAGACCAAUUAUAGUCCGUAGACUGGACGGCUGUUCGGGACUUUUCCAGAAUUUACAGAUUACCAGUCCGUCGCUGCUAACAAUUAAUAAAAUGAAACAUGAAGAAUAUGGAUAAUAAGCUUAUAAAGUCACAUUUUCACACGCAAGUAGUUGUGCGUGGACUUGGGUGUACAAGUAAACAAACGUAGAAGACAAAGCACCGGGAGAAUCAAGAAUACACACGUCAUUGUAUCGUUUUUUUCCUUAUAAUGCAAACCGAUAUAGCCCUUUAAGCGCCACAAGCAACAUUGCUGUCGCCAUAACAGUCGUGGAUGCCGCAUCGAGUGAUGAGCCGUACGUCAACGUCACCGCCAUAUUGGGUGUGGCCAGAGUCGGAGCGGAGAAGAUGCCUCAUUCAUGUGCUGCAAACCAAAUCCCAGGGAAUAACAUUUCACAGGAAAGACUUAACAAUUACCUUUGAUAGUAUUUGGCCCAUAGACUGCAUGAUUUGGCCAUUAUAACAUCGUUUUCAGAGCAUAAUUUGCCGACGUUGUGGAAAACACUGUAUUCCUGCACGCCAUUCAUUCGUUCUUAUGUUUAUAGUGUAGCGGGAAUGUAAAAAAACGCAGAAAUAGCGUCAGGCAGACACGAUAGUUUGCUGAUGCGAGAUGUUUACAGCCACGUCAGGAAGCUAAUAAUAACUGAUGCUGUAUCCAUUAGUUUCCGAUACUGUAUGUGUUAAUUCCACGACAGGAGAUACACGUGACACGUAUCGGUAUCUGUCGAUAUCGGAAUCAGAAACUGAGAGCUGGACAAUAUCGGCAUAUCGGAUAUUGGCAAAAAAGCCAAUAUCGGACAUCGCUAGAAUAAAGUCAAAAUAUUACGGGAAUUAAGUCAUAAUGUUACAAGAUGAAAAUUUAUGGAGGUCAUUUAUGAAGAAAGUUGGCUUUUGUCAGCUGCUUUUAGUUUUUUCUUGAAAUAUAUAUAACUUGUUUCCAUAUCGGCACAAAAUAUCAAAGGGGCCAUGUUUCGCUAUCCAGCCCUCGCUGGAAAACGUUUGGACACCCCUGGUCUGGAAGACAUCAUAACGAUCAAUUGGAAUUUCAGUUUGAUUUGCAAUACUGCUUCCUGUUUGCAACCUCAACUAAAAUUCAAUUCCAAUUCAUGUAAUGUCAAAGACAUUCUCAGUUCAGUUGGGAAUUUUGCACAAGCCUGCCCCGUUGUAAAGUCUCCGCCAGUAUUCCGACAUCACUGCCAUCAUCCAUGUGCGUGGAACAGGAAGUGAAGCCACUUUGAACAUGCCGUUGCUUGCGGGAUCGAGGAUCGCGUGUAGAUUCGUGACUGGUUCUGGUCCAAGUGCUUGCAUGCUUGUUAGCUGUGAGUGUAUAUCGUGCUGCAGCGCCAGGUGGAGGAGGAACCUUGCGUAAAUAUUCUGAAUGUAAUGAUGAGCAAUGUGUGCUUUUUCAUGUUUGAGAAUGCUCCGUGUCGUUGUCGCCCGUGUACACGUGUAAAUACCGAGACUGUCUUUGUGCGUGACGCUGCGUGACUUUUUGUAAACUUGCAAAUAAAAGAUGUUG